UGUACAGAGACGCAGGGGCAGACGAAAUUUUGGAAGACUGAAGUGUUAUCGCUCAGGAAGAUGGGAGAUCGUAAACGUAUAUGCAUUGUCGGCUCUGGAAAUUGGGGCUCAGCUAUAGCCAAAGUUGUGGGGAACAAUGUAAAGACACAACAGAAUGACUUUGAGCAAGAGAUUAAAAUGUGGGUGUUUGAGGAGGAAGUGAAUGGCAGAAAACUCACAGAAAUAAUCAACACAGACCAUGAAAACGUCAAAUACCUCCCAGGCCAUAAAAUACCAGAAAAUGUGAUUGCAAUUCCCGAUGUGGUAGAUGCUGCAAAGGACGCAGACAUCUACAUUUUUGUCAUCCCCCACCAGUUCUUGCCAAAAGUUUGCGAUCAACUGAAAGAUGUUGUCAAAUCCUCAGCUGUCGGCAUAUCACUUAUUAAGGGUUUCAACAUGAAGCCAGGUGGAGGUAUUGCCCUCAUCUCAUCCGUGGUAGAAGACACCCUCAAGAUCCCAUGCGCCGUGCUGAUGGGGGCCAAUAUUGCAAACGAGGUCGCCGCUGAGAACUACUGUGAAGCAACCAUAGGAAUCAAACACAAAGAGCAUGGUCAAAUCUUGAAGAAACUGUUCCAAGCUGACUAUUUCCGCAUUGUUGUUUGUGAUGAUGAAGACACUGUUGAGAUCUGUGGAGCCCUUAAGAACAUAGUAGCGGUUGGUGCAGGGUUUGCAGAUGGUCUUGGCUAUGGUGACAACACAAAGGCAGCUGUGAUAAGACUGGGUCUCAUGGAGAUGGUGAAGUUCUGUGAAGUCUUCUAUCAUGGGUCCACACAGAGCACAUUUCUGGAAAGCUGUGGAGUGGCAGAUCUAGUCACAACAUGCUACGCAGGUCGAAACAGGAGGGUCGCUGAAGCGUUUGUCAAAUCUAAAAAGUCCAUAGAGCAGCUGGAAGGUGAGAUGUUGAACGGCCAGAAGCUGCAGGGCCCGCCCACUGCAGAAGAGGUCAACUUCAUGCUCAAGAGCAAAAACAAUGAGGACAGGUUUCCAAUGUUCACAGCUGUACACAAGAUAUGCAAGGGGGAGCUGCCUGUGGAGGAGUUCAUCAACUGUCUAAAGAACCACCCCGAGCACAUGUAGAGAACCACCCCAAGCACGUGUAUAAUGCACAACAGCUGGAACUGAGUUCAUCUCUUAAUUUUAGGUUAUUAGAUAAUCCACAUAAUACCCGUCAUUACCGUCCCUCAUUUAGAAAUGUUUUUUUAGUCUUAGUGUCUGCAGUCAUCGGAAUUAAGAUUUUUGUGAACAAGGCCAAGUACUAUUUUAAUACAAGAUAAUAAUCUGGAAACCUGAACAUAUUAACACAUACAACAAAAACUCAGGUGCUUUUGAACAAGUCCAGUUCUUCUUUGGGGCUUGUUGGCUUGUGCUUAUAUUAAUCACUGUCCAUUGUCGAACAGUGUUUACCAUUUGAACCUAUUGAUAGUUUGUGUAGAAAAUAGUAACUAUAUAUAUUUCAUAUCUAUAGCAUUUGUUUCUAUGGAUAGUUCUUUUCUUCAUAAAGGGAUAAUGAGUAAUGUGAAAUAAAGCUAAAUUGAUCCAAGGGUUUCAUUCUAUAUCAGAAAUCUGGUAAAUUAUUUAAGUCUUGUACAUGUAAAUUGAUCUUAAGUGUUUCUUUUUUUUCUUUUUUUCUUUUUAUAUCUUGCUUACCAAAUUUGAUUGCAAGCUGCCCAUGUUGGAGUAUUGUUUUGGAGUAUUUAUGAAUAAUCACCAAAUGAUUUUAUCGGGUAUAUUAUUUAUCACAGGUACAAACUGUUUCUAAACUACCAUUUUUCUUGUUUCGAAACAACCAUUUGUCAAAGGGGUACUCAUAUUUGUGUUUGAUUACAAGUAGAUUUGUAUUUAUUUUAACUGUAUUACAUUUAUUUCUUAUCAGAUGCUGAGAUUUAGCAUUUGUAUUUAUUUUGAAGUCUUAUCAGGGACAUUCAUAAAGCAUUUAGCUUGGAAUGCUAAUUGCAUAUACCGGUAACAUUAGUUAUUUUUAACACACUAAGUAAUGUGUUCAUCACAUCAAAUACAUCAAAGUGGCAUCUAACAUUAGUGGCUUAUUAAUUUGUUAGUUACAAUACUGUACAAAUUGCCGGGAAAAAGGCGGGAAUAAACUUUUUUUACAAAGAAUAUACACAAUAAGAUGUAUAUAACUGUUGCGCAAAGAAUAUUGGGAGAAAUAUAGGAUAAAAGUAAGAAUUUGACACAUGUUGAACUAUAUUUAUUUUCUUGUUUUUAGCUGUGAUUUUAGUGGUUAUAUUACAUGAAGUUUGUUAACGGCAUUAGAAAUACCUAGAAUUUACAUAGAUACAGUUGCAGAAGAAGCAGAGCAUACUCAGAAACACUGGCAAUAUAAAUCAUGACACUGACAAUAUUAUACACAGAUUCAUAGUUCAGGCAACAUUUUAGUAUUGACAUUGUGGAAAUAGCGAUACAUACUGAGACAAAUAAACAGAAAGUGCACCUCUACGAAAGAACAUUCAAACUCAAUGUUUAAUGAAUUGUUCCUUAAUUGGUUAUACAUACUAAAAUGAUACAUAAUUUGCAUAUGCCAAGGAAUGUUGUCCAGGCAAAGUUCCUCCAUAAACAUACACAUGUACACAAAAAGCUAAUAAAAAUGUUUGAUUGCAUUCAGUUUUGUGACACAAAAGGCAACAACAUGUGUAUAAGUGCUCAUCUUGAGUAUUUCUUGUAUUGAGUUGUUUCUCAGGUGAAAUACUAAAGGAGACUAUUCUUGGUAAGUGCUUGUAAGAUAUGAAUAACCAAUUUCAAUAACAUAGAUCAUGAGUUUGAAUUUAUCUUCGUAAAAUUGUAUUUUCUGCUUAAAGAAUGGAAAUGUUUUGGGACCAUUAAAUUUUUCUGCAAAACAUUUUGCUUAAAAACAUACAAAUAUCAAAUGUUUUUUUGUUGUUUUAAUUAUAAUGCAACCAUGCCAUUGCCUUAUUUUACAGUUUUUGAACAAUGCAACAUUCAUAACAUGAAGUGUGAGUCCUCUGGUCGCUUCCAUAGUUGUUAAAUUUGAAACUUGCACUUUCUUAUCUUCUCACGCAUCAUAAAAGGCCUUUAGUAGUAAAAGUGCAUGUAUAUGUUAAAAAGAAAUUAAAUGUGUUCUUUGCACAUGCUUUGGAAAUUGGUAAGAUUGUGUACUUUCUAUAUUAACUUGUGUAUUUCUGGUGGCUGGAAAAAUAUGUCAAGCAGAGCUUUGAAUGCUUUUGUCUCCUUUUACCUUGGACUUUAAACUGAAGUUGUCUGUGAUAUUUGCAUUGGAUUUAAUCGAUUAUUUUGUCGAUUAAUUGUCUACAUUUAACACACUUUGAGAAUAAUGAAUGAAUUUUUGUUGAGGAUGAAUUUUAUUGUUGCACUUGCCAUCCUCACUGUUAUACACUGUUUACAUACUAGCCUCUUUAUAAUGUUGAAUAUUUGUUAUCCACAUUUUGAAAAGGUGAUAUUCUAUUCUCUUGAAAAGUUACUAUUAAAGCAAUUUGUUAUGAAAUAGAAAACCAGAAACAACUUUUUCAAGUUUUUAUCUUAAUUGGUUAUAUUUGAAAUUUUGUAUUUUUUGAAAAGACUAAGUUUCUUAAAUUGCUUUAACAUUUUGAAACAUCCAUAGCUUCUACAUUUAAAUUUGAAAGUAUUCUGUAAUAAUAUCUGGCGACAAUUUUACUUUGUAAGCUUUGAAACCAAAGCUUAUUUUUUUAACAAUGCUUUUACUUCAACAUUAGACCCAUCAAGAAAUGCCAUGUGCCAAAAUACAUGAAAACUAGUACUACUAGAAAUUGAAUGAACAUUCAUAAAAGUUUUGAGUAAAUUUAUUAUUAUUCAACCACAUGAAAAAACAGCAUUGCAGAUAGUUCAGUUUGUGUGUGUUGUUUUUCCCAUUGUGAUUUACUUGUUUGUUCAGUAAUUAACCUGUAACAGUAUCAUACCUUCUUUAAGAGCUUUUAAUUAUUAUUACAUUUUACUUAGCAUUCUGAUUUCAUAUUAUUUGUGUGUUAUGUACACUUGUAGUAUUUUUUUUUAUUAUUAGGCUGAUAUAAGUUUGUAUUAUUUUAGGGUAUUAUACAAUUUUUCUGUACACUUUUCCCUCUCAAAUAAUAGAUACAUUGAAACAAUAUUUCUAAUAUUUGAUAGCUAGAUGUACAUGCAUAUUGGAAUUGAAAUUGUAUACUUUGAUAGUAAGAUGUACAUGUAGGCUGGAAUAUAAUUACAGUAAUUACUUCUAAUCUAUCCAUUACAAUGAGAAUGUAUAAUUUAUGACCACCAUAUUCAAGACUGCUAGUGACUGUACUGUGUAAUUUGUUGAAAUAAAUGAGAGUAUUUAC